AUGGCGGCCGUUUGUUUAACUUUGGUGCUCGCUCUGGUUUUGGCCAGUGGUCAACGCGCUGAUGGCAACAAACAGUCGCAGCUAUGGCUAGACUGCUCCUGUCUGCACGCCAACGAGCGCAAUGCCACACAAUGGGGCAGCCUUAGCAUAAAUGCUAGCCAAGCGCUGGGCGCCAAAAACAACUGUCUGAUGAUCUUCAUUGGCGGCAUGGCCGACGAGCUGGUGGCCUUUCAGCUACAGCAGCUGCAGCUGCGCCCCGGCUGCUUGGACACCGUGGAGGUCUUUCCGUAUCUGCGCGAGCCCGUCAUCGAGAACUCGACGCUGUCGGCGUAUACCUGGUGCCAGCACAGCACGAUGUCACGCAAUGCCACGCCUAUUUAUAGCGCCGGCAGGCUGCUUGGACUGCGACUCAGCUUUCGGCAGCCGCCCACAAAGUUGGCCGACUGGCCGUUAAAUCUGACGGCGACCUAUCGAUUCCUAAAGCAAGAGCUCUUCAAGACGAACGGACGGCUGGUGCCGCACAGCUUUUGCGAUUUUUAUUUCUUUGCCAGCACCGGAACUGAAGGCAAUCUGGGCCAGGGCUACUUUCACUCACCGCGUUUUCCGGCCCAUUAUCCGGCGCACAUCAAGUGCGCCUACAAGUUCAUUGGGCGUCCCGACAGUCGCGUGGAGCUGCUGUUCGAGGAGCUGCAGCUGCCGCCGGUGGUGAGUGGAGGCUGCCAACUGGACGCACUCACCAUUUUUGAUGCAGAAUCGGCGCAUAUGAACGCCGUUAUUGAUGUGCUAUGCACUCCAUGUCCCACGCGCCGCAUACUAAGCAGCGGCCCAGAUCUGCUGCUCGAGUUUAAUGCCAGCUCAAAUCGCACCGCCAAAGGAUUCCGGGGCAAAUACAAGUUUGUGCCCAAUGAGCAGCAGGCGAUGCCUAUGGCGCCUAUACUCGAGGCAGCUAGCAUAGCAUUCAAGCAGCCGCCCCCCAAGGCAAACAGUGUGCAGGAGGAGGAGAAGAAGGAUGCUGGACCCGGACGCACAAAUCAGCAUUGCAGGCAAAUGUACGAUUCGCGCGUCAACAAGUCCGGCAUCUUCGAGUCGAAUCAGCUGUUGGGCACGUUUAUCGGUAUAUCGAUAAGUAGAAAUAUCGAUGCUGCUAAGGUCGUGCAAUGCCGUUACGAAUUUGAAGGGCAAAAACCAGAACAAAUACAAAUUAAGUUUCAUGACUUCAACAUACCGACUGAACAUGAGAAUUCCAGCCACUGUCGGGAUGAGGAUGCAUUGCAUGUGUUAGCAGAGGUGCGAGGCAAAUACGAAACUCAAGAAUUACUAUGCGGAGCAUUUUUGCCCAAGCCCCUGAUGUCUAGCGGCCAGAAACUUCAGCUGCAAUUUGUGGGUAAAUAUCCGCCGAAAAUGACCAACAAAGUGCAGUACUAUGGAUUUCGCGCAGAGUACCGCUUUCUCACAAACUUCGGUAUUAUGUCUGGGGUGCAGCAGGGCAAUGAGUGCACCUUUGUUUACAACAGUAGCGAGCGGAUUAGUGGCCUAUUUCACUCCCCGAACUUUCCAGGAUACUACAUGGAGAAUAUUGUAUGCAAUUAUUACUUUUAUGGAGCUGAUGAACGCAUUGUUCUGCGGUUUACGUACUUUGAUGUCGAAGGCAUUAGCACAUGUGACCAUCAAUCGGCCAGUGAUUAUGUGGAAUUUUCAAAUUUCAUGAGCACAGAUCGCAAGUACAGCAAAUAUUGCGGAAAAUUACCAGACUUCGAAGUGCGUUCUGAUGGGCGUUUCUUUCGAGUAACCUUUUACUCCAACGACCGUUUUGUGGCCAAUGGAUUUCGCGCUCUUUACACAUUUGAGUCCAUGAAUACUAAAAGUUCUCUAGCUAAUUCAGAAUUGGGGGACAGCACUGUGUCCAUGCAAAGCUAUGUGUCUAGUGGAUCGCAGCAUAUACCUAAAAUUAUAAUUAUCACUAUAACGGCUCUAAUAUUUGUUAUACUUAAAAACUAA